AGCCCAGAUCCAAAUCCUUCCAACGUUUUUCAUAUGAAAUGUGUCAGCAGACUUUCAGCUCAUAACAACCUCUCAGCCUUCAGAGGGACGUUUACCUGAGCGCACCUUUCUCAGGAACGCAGAAUGACCAGAAGCCCUCGUCGCCGCUGACUUGACUCGCUGCGCCGCACAGAGAAAGAAGUUUACAGAUCGCAGUGCCUGACCUCAGAACAGCCCACACCUCACCCGGCACCGAGCGCACCUGGAGGCAGAGGACGAGCUGCAUGCGUCCGUCAGGUGUUUCUGCAAACACAGGUAAACAGAGACCAAUAAAGCAGUUGUACCACAAGAGCCUGCAGUACUAUCUGACGUGAUGACAUCAGAGGACCUCUUAAACACUCUGGAAGAUUUGGGAGAUGAAGAGUUUGAUAAAUUCAAGUGGUUCCUGCAGCAUGGUGAUGUCCUUCGGGGGCGCCCUGCCAUCAGAAAGAGCCGUCUGGAGACGUCAAAGCGACUGGAAACUGUGGACCUGAUCAUACAAACCUAUGAUCUCCAAGGAGCUUUGGAGGUGACCAAGGUGGUUUUAGAGAGAAUUAACAGAAAUGACCUGCUGCAGAGUUUUUCUGUCAGCAGCCCAACAACCGAAGUGCACAUCAAUGGUGGGAAGACUUCAAAGAAGAAAGGGGAUGAAAAUGAUGGUGGGAAAACCACAAAGAAGAAAGAUGACGAUAACAAUGAUGGGAAGACUUCGAAGAAAAAAGCAGAUGAUGAAGAUGGUGGGAAGAGCCCAAAGAAGAAAGGGGACAAUGACAAUGAUGGGAAGACUUCGAAGAAAAAAGCAGAUGAUGAAGAUGGUGGGAAGAGCCCAAAGAAGAAAGGGGACAAUGACAAUGAUGGGAAGACUUCAAAGGAAGAAGCGGAUAAUGAAGAUGGUGGGAAGACUACGAAGAAGAAAGGAGAUGACGGCAGUGUUGGGAAGGCUAAAAAGAAGAAAGGACUUUUCUCCUCUAAGACUCAGGCUCCUACUUCUGAGACUGAUGAUAUGAUGGUUCCAGUACCAGAGCCACAUCCCAUCACAUUUUACCAGCAGAUGCUUCAGUCAAAUUUCCAGGAUAAAUUUUUGGGUGCAGAAGAAGAGUGGGCAAAAGACACACAGCAUCUGGCUGAUAUCUACACAGAGCUGUACAUCACAGCCAGGUGUGGCGCACAUUUCCACACACAGCAUGAGGUCCGAACGUUAGAAAAGGCAUGGAAGCCAGCAGAAGCAGAGAAAUCAAUUCAACCCACAGACAUGUUUGAGCAUCCUUCUGGAGAAUCCAAACCCAUCAAAACAGUGAUGACCAAUGGAAUCGCAGGAAUUGGAAAAACUUUCCUUGUCCAGAAGUUUGUUUUGGACUGGGCUGAAAAAAGAUCCAAUCAAGAUGUGCAUCUGAUUUUCCCCUUCACCUUCCGUCAGCUGAAUCCUCUGAAGGGAGAAAAGUUCAGUUUGGCAGAGCUCAUUCAUGAAUGCAUCCCAGAAACUGUAGGCAUCCCACAGGAGGCUCUUAAUUACAUCUUUACAGAUGUUCAGUCAUCAGGAAUCACCAACUAUGACAAGAGUAAAUUCAAACUUCUGUUUGUGUUUGAUGGGCUGGAUGAGAGCCGCCUUCAUCUCGACCUUCAUUCUGAAGACAUUCGCUCUGUCGAUGUAACAAAGGCAACAGUAACAGAUGUCCUGCUAAGAAAACUCAUAAAUGGAAAACUGUUAUGCUCUGCUCGCAUCUGGAUAACCACACGGCCUGCAGCCAAUCAGAUCCCAGAGUUUAUCAGCAUGACAGAGGUCAGAGGGUUCACUGACCCGAAGGAGGAGUACUUCAGGAAGAGAUUCAAAGAUGAGGAACAGGCCAACAGGAUUGUCUCCCACAUCAAAACAUCACGAAGUCUCCUAAUCCUGUGUAACAUCCCAGUCUUCUGCUGGAUCACUGCAACAGUUCUGGAGGAUGUGUUGAAAACCAGAGAGGGAGGAGAGCUGCCCAAGACUCUGACUGAGAUGUACGCAGAGUUCCUGAUGUUUCAGAUUGAUCGGACAAAAGAAAAGUAUGGCCCAGAGAAGAGCAUUCAAUACAUUACGUCAUUAGCAAAACUGGCCUUUGAGCAGCUGGAAAAGGGCAACCUGAUCUUCUAUGAGAAGGAUCUGAGAGAGAGCGGCAUUGACUUUGUCUCAGCAUGUGGAGGAGUUUCCACAGAGAUCUUUAAAGAGGAGCGAGGGAGGAAAGGGAAAGACAAGAUGUUCAGCUUCGUCCAUCUGAGUGUUCAGGAUUUUCUGGCUGCUUUUUAUGUGAAGAUGUCUCUAAUAAACAGCAACAAAAAUGUGAUGCCUUUACCACGAAUGUCUCUGCAAAACCUUCGACUCCUUUUUAGCAAAACAUCUUCAAAGAAGAUCCACAGGAUUUCCAUUGACAGGGCCUUAAAGAGUCCAAAUGGAAGCCUGGAUUUGUUCCUUCGCUUCCUCCUGGGUCUUUCACUGCAGACCAACCAGGAGAAACUACAGAACCUGUUGAUCAAGACGGACAGUAACCCACUGGCCAAUCAGAAAACAGCCCAGUACAUCAAGAAGAAGCUCAGUGAGAAUCUGUCUCCAGAGAGAAGCAUCAAUCUGUUCCACUGUCUGAAUGAGCUAAAUGAUUCUUCUCUAGUGGAGGAGAUCCAACAGUCCCUGAGAUCAGGAAGGCUCUCCACAGAAAAACUAUCUCUUGCUCAGUGGUCAGCUCUGGUCUUCAUCUUGCUGUCAUCGGAAGAAGAUUUGGGCGUGUUUGAUCUGAAGAAAUACUCAGUUUUUGCUUCAGAGGAUGCUUUUCUGAGACUGCUACCAAUAACGAAAGAAGCCAGCAAAGUUCUGCUGAGUGCAUGCAAUCUGUCAAAGAGAAGCUGUUCAGCUCUAUCCUCAGCUCUUAGCUCUGAGCCAUCCAGCAUGCGAGAACUGGACCUGAGUAACAACGACCUGCACGAUUCAGGAGUGAAGCUGUUGUCUAUUGGGCUGGGGAGUCCAAGCUGUAGACUGGAGAAACUCAACCUGUCAGGCUGUAUGAUAUCAGGGAAGGGCUGUACUUCUCUAGCCACAGCUUUGAGAGCCAACCCCUACCAUCUGAGUGAGCUGGACCUGAGCUACAACCAUCCAGGGGACACCGCCACCAAGCUGCUUUCUGCUGGAGUGGAGCAUCAACACUGGAAGCUUAAAAUUCUGAGGCUGGAGCAUGGUGGAGAGCAGAGGCUGAAACCUGGUUUGAAGAAAUAUUUCUGCGAACUCACACUGGACACAAGCACAGCCAACAGAAACCUCAAGCUGUCCGACAACAACAGGAAAGUGACGGCACUGUCGACGCAGGAGCCUUACGCCCAGCACGCAGAGAGGUUUGACUUCUGCCUUCAACUGCUGUGCAAGCACGGUGUGACUGGUCGCUGUUACUGGGAGGUGGAGUGGAAAGGAGUGGUGGAUAUCGCAGUCAGUUACAGAGGAAUCAGAAGGAGAGGAGACAGUAUCGACUGCAAGUUUGGAUGCAACGGUCAGUCGUGGAGUCUGAUGUGCUCUGAUGUUGAUCACUACUCUGUGUGGCACAACAACACAGGGAAAGACAUCUCCUCCUCCGCCUUCUCCUCUGUCUCUAACAGAGCAGGAGUGUAUGUGGACUGGCCUGCGGGCACUCUGUCCUUCUACAGAAUCUGCUCUGGCUCAAAGACCCUCCUCCACACCUUCCACACCACAUUCACCGAACCCCUUUAUCCUGGGUUUGGGUUCUGCACAUUGUCGUUCGGUUCUUCUGUGUUUCUGAGUUCUCCGUAGAAACGAGAGUCUGGGCUUAUGUCGAAAAACGACUUGAUGUUUGACUCACUGUGACGUGAAGUCAGCGCCUUUAUGCUCCGGGUGGCUGAAUAUGUAGGCGUGUUCUUGUUAUCGUACUUUCUCACGGACGUGUCUUUGAACUUGUGUGUUUUUUGCUAUGUUUCUAUGUUUUUGUAAAUCAGGCCGCUGAAACGAGCCCACUGGGUUCAUAAAUAACUUAAAUCUUCUGGACACAGCUGGUCGUUGUGCUCACGAGCAACACCACCGACCGAUCUACCCGUGGACCCUCGUGCCCUGACCUGUUGUUACCAUGGAGACCACUGUAGACUUUUUCACACUGGUUCAGAUUCCUGGACCACAGCUGACCUUUGAACCUGCUGAUGUUGCUGUCAGAUGCAAUGAUGAUGUCAUCCUCCAGCAGGAUGCCUAUUAUUGUGCUGUGACAUCAUCAUCACAUGACAGUAAUCAGGCCUAAGACGGCUUGUGAGGAAGCGUUUAAUGUUUCAAUUAUUAUUAUUAUUUUAUACAGCACCAAAUCACAGCAACAGUCGCCUCAAGGUGCUUUAUACUGUAAGGUAGACCCUACAAUAACACAUACAGAGAAAAACCCAACAAUCAUAUGACCCGAUAUUUCUACUCUGAGUGCUUUUUUACAACAAUAAUAUAUGUUUAAGGUAAUAAUAUACUCUUGUAUGCCUGUAAGUGCUUUCUUCACACUCUGAUGGAUGCGUCGGACGAUCACUGGUGAUGCGAUGUGAUCAUUUUCUUUCUUUUUCCCCCGCCUGUCCUGCUUGGCUCUUUUGCCAUCAAAAUUAUUGUCUGAAGGCAAAGAAAGAUGCCCAACGGAUUUACUUUGCCAAAUGGACCAUCCCAGCCUUGCUGAAUUGGUCUACUUGAUUGAUCUUUGUUUUUAUUGUUUAUUUUAUUUUCACUUGCUCCACACGGGACAGACGUGACGGGGGAAAGAAAGAGGGAAAGAAAAACAGCGGGGAAGAGGGACGGGGAUAAAGGGCAAAAACCAAAAACGAGGUGGGGGGGACAAGAAAUACAUAUAUGUCUUCGGAACCAUGGUAACAGGGCACAGAAUUGUUUCAUAUUCGGUAGAAGCUGCGGCAACUAAAUUGUCGCCCUGAGGUUGAGCCUGCAAAACCUCCAACCUCUAACCCUAACCCAGCUGACGGGACGCAACCUCUCACUGAGCAGCUUCUGUGUCAUGUGAACACUGGAAAUGUCCCGACCGGCUGUGUGUCAGUGGACCCGAAUGCAGGACUGGGAAUCAGUUUUAUUUCUGAACUUACAGGAACCAGGAAUCAGACAGGAAACAUCUGGGAACGCAGCUGAACAGAGACUCAGGAUACGGAAUAGAAAUCAAAACCAAGAGCAGACUCAAUACAUCUCAGAAUAAUGAACGUGCUGUAAACACAGCGUCCCAGACUCAGGACCCUGCCGGGGAAUGUUUUCAGUACAUCCUGACGAAACUCUGCGGGGGUGCAGGCCGGGCUCAUUGUAGCGAUCAACACGAGCUCUUCAAGGUCAGCUUUGUGACUCCUUGGUGUGGUCUCCUGUUUGAGUGUGGCCUGUGCUUUCCAUACACACAGUGGAAAUGCUACACCCAUGUACUUUACUGCUGGGUAACUGUUACUACAUGAUAAUAAUUAUAGAUUUUGUACAGCACGAGUAACUGUCAUUUCCUAUAAAUGUACUUUUCUUGUCUUUAGCUGUAUUAGUUCAGUGUUACGCUUUAAUUCCUGUUAACUGAAAUGUUUUAUUCAGACUUUGUUUAAGUUUACGGCGUGCUUAUUAUAAACAUGCGUAGUCACCCAUCAUGGAGCUAGAAAAUCAAUAACUGGAAUACAAACGACAGAAAACUGACCCAGGAUCUGCCACUAAUGGUCCACUAACAUCUGGUGAGACCAGUAGCAGUUUUAGAUACGGGCGGUUGCCUGGGGCGGCGUCGUGGGGGGGGGGCAGCACGGGCAUCGGCAAAAAAAAUAUAAAAAAUUGCUGGUACUCAUGCUGCCCCGACGUCAGCCAGGGAAUGGUACAGGUACCGAUCGGUUUUCUAUCGCCCAUUUGCUGGGAGUAAGGGCGCCUGCUGCUUGCUGCACAG